AUGAAGCGCAUGGGGCGGGUGUUUGCGGUGAAGUCGAAAGCAGGCACUGCCCCUCGCGUCGUUGUUCCGCCGCAUGAUGAAGCGACUGUGCAGGCGGUGCUCACCGGGGAGUGGCUGGACUGCUGCUUUCGGGAGUAUCUUGAGAGAAAGCGUCUUUUUGAAAAUCGCUUUCGCAAUCGAGUUGGGCUGAUGAUUCGCAUUCUCGGCCUCCUGGUGCUUUUCCUCGCUGUGUUGUGGAGUAUAUGGCCGAUGUGGCGGGUGCUGAUUGACGUUGAAGUAGAUGACUACUACAAGGCUUUGGAGGUCCCCUCAACUGCGACGCCCACUGAAAUCACGCGGGGGUAUCGAACUAUGAUGAAGCGCUGGCACCCAGAUCACAAUCCGAACUGUGGUCAGUUUUGUCGGGAGAAGACGGAGCGCAUCAAAGAGGCAUACGACAUCUUGUUGUCACGCAGUGACCACGAAUUGACUCUCGCAAACCAAUACCAUGGGGGCCUCAUGACGCUCCGCUCGUUGCUAUCGUUCCGCGGGUUUCAGAUAUCUGGAGAUGCGGCGAUGAAUGUCUUCAUGAUAUUGCUGCACGUGUACCCCCCCAGCGCGAGGAAGAGCUCCCUGCUCAGAGUGGUGUGCAGCGUUGUCAUUUUGGUCUUUUGCGCGGUGCACGAGACCUUAUUUGCCAGUGGCUUCAAUAUUGUGACUGUGAUCGAAGUCUUGUACUACUUUCUCUCAGUGGCAAAAGCCUCUGCGCAGCAGAAGUCAAUGGAUGAGGUGCGGCAAAAUUCGUAUUUUGAUGUGGUGCGCGACGCGUUUGUCUUGCUGGGCUGCGCGAGUGCUACACACAUUGCUGUGUUGUGGAGUGAGAGUACCACGAUAUCGAUGGAAGAGGCCUUCCGCAUGCUGUAUGGCAGCGUCUACGUUCUCUCUUUCCUGUACAGAUUCUCGCCAAACAUGUAUGACAACUUUUUAAUGCGUAAAUGCUCGCUGCCGCUCACGUAUGUGGACAUGGCCAGUGGAAGGUUCACGUGGACCCGGUUUGCAACAAGCGAACUGAUGUUUCUCGUCGACGAUUUGUUUGUCUUCACGUGUCGCAUCUCCAGCGCGUAUCGAGUAGUGGUGUACAUUGUGCACUUCGUUUCCCUCUGCCAGUUUUUCAUGUUGCCAUGGGAUACACCGAUUGUCCACGGGAGGGCCAGCGUGAGAGCAGCGGCUACUGGGGCGGAAGAGCCAAAAGUACUGACUGCAGCGAGCGCGCAGACUACAGUAGCUCAAUCUACCAACGUCGACGCCACGCAGACGGCUGAGCAAGGCACGUGUGUUCAGUCCUACAUAACACAAGAAGACGAAUACGUCGUUGCCGAUCUUGACAACGAGACUGUGGCGUGGAUGGAUAUUGCGAGCCUCAAGUACAAGGCUCUCAUCCUUGCGCUUGGUCGCAAGCAUGCCCAGCAGCAUGGCCAGUCGAUGGAUGCCGUCGACAUUGCGCCGAGUUCUGACUUGCAGAAUGUUGUAGUCAUCGCGUUCUCCCGAGGUGCGGGUACCGGACCGGGUGCAUCUCAACAGAAGCUCGACGUUUUGUGUCAGGUACAUGACCCGGAGAUGAGUCGACUUGUGGCGAUGGAGCGUGGGCCAAAAGUAAUGGUGCCUGCGCGCCUCAAAUCGCCGUGGAACCUGGAUCUCGCACGUGUGGAGUACCGCAAGGGCCUCGGCUCUGAUGCCCCGUUGACAAGUGCACAGGUGUGGCGAAAGCGGGCACAAGGGCGGCCAUCCGCAGCGUGGAAGACACUCGUGGUGAUGGUGUGUGUGUCCGUUGCGCUUGCCCUUAUUUGCGCCGUAACUGGACCAUCCUCACAAGCCGCUGUACGGAGCUCCAAGGGUAUCGAUAGUUCUCUUCGUCCACAACUCUUUGCCCGCUUUUUACGGGCAUUGCCGCCAACCCAUUUUGUGAAUGCGUUGUCAGGAGGUCUGCUGACAGUGGCACAAAUUCCCAUCUGCACACUGGAUUGGUGGGAUGCCGGGCUCACACUUGGCUUUUUACACUAG